CUGAGAUUGAGCGAUGGUUAGAACAGAAGAAGCCAGUACCAAUGCGAUGGCAAGUUGGCCGUGUAAUGACCGCAUCAUGUCGAAAUACAGUAAAAAGCAAGAUAAAGACGGAAUGCCCAGAAAAAAAGCCCUCCCGCAAAAGCCAACCAAUUAUCCAGGUAUGGCAGUCACGGUCCUCGAAAUGGAAAGCUAACAGUGGGAGUUUGAAAAUCGAUGUGUUGCUUGAGGCUCUUCUUUUCUUCUUGCUAAAUGUUACCCGACAAGUACAUUGGCCUCAUCCUGGCCUUGUGUUCAACUUUCUUGAUUGGUCUGUCGUUUACUUUGACCAAGCAGGGUCUGACCAACGCAAAGAAGAUUCAUGGGCAUUCAGCUUCAGAUGGCAAAUAUCAUUACUUGAAGAACUGGUUAUGGUGGGCUGGCAUGACUACAAUGGCUCUUGGUGAAAUCCUCAAUUUUAGCGCGUACAGUUUUGCCCCCGCUAUUCUUGUCACUCCUCUUGGUGCCUUGAGUGUUAUCAUAGGUGCCAUCUUCGCUUCCAUCUUCUUGAAAGAGAAGUUGAACGGAACUGGCAAAGUUGGUUGCUUGCUCUCACUGGUUGGUGCUGUUAUUAUUGUACUACAUGCCCCGGAGGACAAGGAGGUCACUUCUAUUGAUGAACUUCUUUAUUAUGCCCUACAACCUGCAUUCGUUAUUUACUGUAUCAUUGUUGUGUCGGUCAGUUUGUGGUUGAUAUACAAAGUCGUGCCCCGUUACGGUACCACCGUCCCACUCGUGUACAUUUCCAUCUGCUCUUUGGUUGGCUCCGUGUCUAUCAUGGCCAUCAAGGCCUUUGGUAUCGCUCUCAAGUUGACGUUUGCCGGAAACAACCAAUUUACGCACCCUUCUACUUAUGCAUUUGGCAUUGUCGUCGCGGUGUGCAUUAUAACUCAGAUGAACUACCUUAACAGGGCUCUGGACCAGUUUUCAACCAACGUUGUAAACCCUAUCUACUUUGUGUUUUUCACUACUGCUACCAUCACUGCAUCUGCCAUUCUUUUCCAAGGCUUCCAGACCGAUAAUCCAGUUAACACCAUAUCGCUUAUUUGUGGUUUUAUCAUCAUUUUCUCUGGCGUUUACUUGCUAAACUCCAUUGCCCAAGGAGGCGCUGGCGCUUCAUCUUCUGGUCGCGAGGCCGAGAAUGCUCGAUUGUUGAUGAGUGAAUCCACUUUACUCGAAAAUGAAGAAAGCUUAGGCUUAACGGAGCUGAAUGACAGCGACGAUGACAUAGAGUACGGUAGACGGUAGGAUAGCCCCUGAAAGUCCCUCUUUUUUUCUUCUUCUUCUUUGCGUUUCCCAUCCUUUCCAUUGUAUUUCAUACAAGCUCUUUCAUCGCUUUGGUAUCCUACCACGUUUUUUUUUUUCUCUCGUUCCCCUGGCAACUUAUUUCUAUAUACACACAAGCACGCUUUUUCUAUCUCUGCAUCGACAUCAUUAUAAAAAUCAUGCUUUUGGUCGUUUGGAGUCGUUAAUUUAUACGUGGAUUUAUCAAGUGCUUUGAGAAACGGAGCUGUAGUAUGUUGAA